CGGAAGCAAAAAACUGGUGACCAUAAUCUCAGGAAAGAAAAACUGCAGAGUUUGUUGAGAAAGAUCCACAGAGAUCUUCAAUUCAAAAUCCUGAAAAAAAAAACAAACACUCUCUCUUCUAGUUUUCUUCGUCGAAAUCCUCUCUUUGUGUUACUUACUCACACUUUUUUUCCACUUCCCAACGAAGUUGUUGAAACAAGACAAAAUAACCAGCUCCUCCCUGUUAUUCCUCCCAUCGAUUUCUUUUUAUCACUGCGUGAGAGAGAAAAAAAGAAAAAAGAGCACAAAAAUGGCAGACAUUGAGGCAGCUCAGACCAACAACACGACGGAUCCAUCCGAAGCCGCUGCCUUUUUCACCAAGGCAAAUCGCCCUCUCACGUUGAUGUUUCACAACGUAAAUUACAAGAUCAAACCCAAAAAAGCAGGGUUCUUGAUUCCAAAGAAGGCCAACAAUUCGGAAGAGAGAACGAUAUUGAAAGGAAUAACCGGCGUGGUCCGUCCUGGGGAGAUGCUGGCCAUGUUGGGUCCGUCAGGGUCCGGCAAAACCACACUCCUCACGGCGUUGGGCGGUCGACUCGGCGGACGGCUGGUCGGGACCAUAGCCUACAACGGGAAGCCUUUCUCCAAUAAGAUGAAGCGCAACAUCGGUUUCGUUACUCAAGAUGACAUUCUCCUCCCCCACCUGACCGUCACCGAAACCCUAGUCUUCACUGCGCUUCUAAGGCUGCCCAAUACYYUAACCAAACAACAGAAAGUGGCYCARGCSGAGGCAGUGAUCUCCCAGCUGGGGCUGAGCAAGUGYAAAAACGGCGUCGUGGGAGGCCAAACAUUGAGAGGGGUUUCUGGAGGGGAGAGAAAAAGAGUGAGCAUUGGGCAAGAGAUGCUUAUAAACCCUAGUUUGCUGUUCUUGGACGAGCCCACUUCCGGGCUCGACUCGACCACGGCGCAGAGGAUUGUUUCGACGCUGUGGGAGGUGGCGAACAGCGGGAGGACGGUGGUGAUGACGAUCCAUCAGCCGUCGAGUCGGCUGUUCUAUAUGUUUCAUAAGAUCUUGUUGCUUUCAGAAGGGAACACUAUAUACUUUGGGAAGGGAUCGGAGGCUAUGGAUUAUUUCUCGAGUAUUGGGUAUUCUCCAUCUGUGCCUAUGAACCCUUCGGAUUUUCUGCUGGAUCUUGCCAAUGGUUUGUCAAUGAAUGAUCCAGAGGAGGAAGCAGCCAUGGUUAAGCAGAAACUUAUAGCAUCUUACAAGAGCCACAUUGCGGAGAAGUUGGAGUUGGAUGUACAACAAAGUGAUGAGCAUUUGUUGGAAGAUCAUGGGGCAGAAGACAAGGGGUUGGGGCGUUGGUCCACAACUUGGUGGCAACAGUUCUGUGUGCUGCUGAGGAGAGGAAUUAAGGAAAGAAAGCACGAAUCCUUCUCUCGGCUUAAGGUUGGGCAGGUUUUAGCAGUUGCACUCAUCUGUGGACUCUUGUGGUGGCAGUCUGAUGAUUCCCAUUUACAAGAUAAGAUUGGGCUGUUUUACUUCUCAUCAAGCUUCUGGGGUUUCUUCCCUCUGUUACAAGCCAUCAGCAUGUUCCCAAAAGAACGCAUGAUCCUGGCAAAGGAACGAUCCUCCGGAAUGUACAGGCUCUCCUCCUACUUCCUCUCAAGGACCACCGGCGACCUCCCGAUGGAGCUCAUCCUCCCCACCGUCUUCGUCCUCAUAAUCUACUGGAUGGCGGCCCUCAAACGCUCCGCCGCGGCCUUCUUCGCAACUCUAUUUUCUCUACUUCUCAGCGUAUUGGUGUCUCAAGGGUUCGGGCUGGCCAUCGGCGCCCUUGUCAUGGACCAAACUUCAGCCACCACACUGGGAUCAGUCCUCAUGCUAUGUUUCCUUCUAACAUCGGGGUACUUUGUGCAGCACGUGCCUCGGUUUGUUGCUUGGACCAAGUACCUUUCCAUUGGUACAUAUUCCUACAGGCUUCUGUUGAUGUCUCAAUUUGAAGCUACUGAAACUUAUCCAUGUUCCAGCAAUGGAGGCCACUGUGAAAUUGGGGAAUUUCCAGCCAUAAAACAAGUGGGUCUUGAUAGGAAACUCACAACCGUUGUUGCCUUGGUUGUAAUGCUUGUUGGGUAUCGUCUUGUUGCUUAUAUUGCGUUGAUGAGGAUUGGAGUUACCAAGAAGAAGCAUUAGAAUUGGUAGGUUAGAAAAGAGAUUUUCUUAAAGUUUUUUAGCUGUAACAUUCUCAAUGAAGGAUUUGGUAGGUUAAAAAAGGAAAAUAAGUUGAGAAAUAAUGUUUCAACCA